CGUUGAAUACACACGCUGCAGCUCACUCCACAACUUGUGUCAUGUGCAUUUUUUUCUGUUGAAAAAAAAAUAUCAUUUUGUUUAUUGUAAAAUACGUAUGAAAAUCUUUGAACGUGCUACACGAUUGAUUUGGUAGUUUAGCGUACUUAAAGUUUAACAACACAUUGUUUUCCGAUCAUCAAUUCCAUUGUAUCUGUGUUUGAUACUCUGAUUUUCGGUUUAAAUUGUAUCCGGAGAACCAAAGAAGAAAAAUUAAGCGAAACGACGAUAAUACACAAUUGCAUAAAUAAAAAAGUGUUUACUGAAAAAACAAAACUAAGUCACAACGAAAAAAAGUUCACAUUUUUUUCGCCCAUUACAAUGAGAAAAAAUUGUUAGAGGUUGAUUCUUGUGACAUUCGCAAUUUUAAGUAAAAAGUGCCGUUGAAUAUAUAUCUGUAACAUUGAGUAUUUUGUUCUGAACAUUUUGAAAAUCAAUUGACUGUGCAAAAAGAAAUCGAUCCGUAGAAAACAAUUUAAAAACCAUACACCGACGGCCAAUGGACGGCACGGCACGUGAAUAAAGAAACGAAAUCGGACAGACAAGUGCUAACCAAACAAAACGGAAUUGUAACGAGAUUUUCAAAGCUUGUCAACAAAAAAAUUCGUGCAAAAAAGUAGUGGAACACUUUUUUUAAGAGGACAAUUUAAUUAAAUUUGGUCAAACUGGCUCUCCACUCAACAGAAGCCCUCAUGGCGGGUUAUUUGAAAUCAUCGGAUCUUGGGCCGCAUGCACAUAGCUAUGGUGCACCACAUCCGCAUCAUUCAGCACACGCACAUGGACCAUUACCGCCGGGAAUGCCAAUGACAUCGUUACCGUUUGGUUUGCCACAUGGAUUGGACACAUCGAUUGGCUUCCCGCAAGGUAUGUGGGGCGUAAACACCAGAAAACAACGAAGAGAACGGACUACAUUCACACGCGGACAAUUAGACGUAUUAGAGGAUUUAUUUGGCAAAACUCGAUAUCCCGAUAUUUUCAUGCGAGAGGAGGUAGCAUGCAAAAUUAAAUUGCCCGAAUCACGUGUUCAGGUUUGGUUCAAAAAUCGUAGGGCGAAAGUGCGUCAACAACAAACUCAUCAACAGUCGUCAUCCAAUGCAAAUAACUCUAAAUCAUCGUCACGGUCUUCAUGUUCAUCGUCUUCGUUGCCAUCAUCACGUGGCACCGGUUCGAGUGGAAAUAGCAGCGGCAAUGCCAUCACCAACAACAAUAACAAAACAAACAGUUCUGGUAUGAACAGUGGUGGAUCUGGAUCGAAAAAUACGAGCACAUCAUUAAAACAAGGCACGAAUACUACCACAUCGAAUAAUAAUCAAUUGUCGCAUCAAAACAGUAAUUCAAACAAUAAUACCACAACAUCAAAUAAUGGACUCGUAUCGAUUGGUCACAAUUCAUCACCAAUUCUACCGAUGACACCAACAUCAUCGGUCAGUCCGCCGGUAAAUGUAAUUUGUAAAAAAGAACUGAACUAUGGCUUACAAAAUGGUGUGCCCGGACUGAGUGAUGUUAUGAAAUCCACAUCUAUACAUGAUUCAAUCAAAGAAGAAAUGGCCGGUAUGAUUUCAUCGAAUCCAAUUGCAUAUUCAAAUAUCAAUGCACGUCUUGGCCAUGGCGGCAACAGCACACCAUUAGGUUCAAAUUCAUCAAUCAUAACAACACCAUCGCCACCAAUGACACCAUCACAAAAUGCCCUGUCCUAUGUGCCGAACCAUGAAUCGUAUUUUUGGCAUUCACAAUACAAUCAAUAUCCAAAUAGCUAUCAAACACCAGCUUCUUACUACUCACAAGUGGACUAUCAGAGCCAAUCAAACUACAGCAUGGGACAUUCAGGUUAUUCAACAUCAAACAUGGGCUUAACCGCCAGCAACACAUUCAACGGUGCGAUGACAUCACAGCCAUUCUCAUCGAAUGGUCUUGAUUAUAUGUCGCCAGCACCAGAAAAGUAUGGCAUCAAUAUGGUAUAAAACAUUCGAUUUGAUUAAACAAAAUGGAAUUUAUCUCUAAUUUAUAUACAUUUUAUAUAUAUAUUAUAUCACACACACUCACACACAUACACACACAAGAAACAUUACAAUGGAAAAUCUUUUGUUAGAUUACAAUCAUUUAAUCGUAAAAUCAAGUAUCAACCGAAACAAAAACAAAGAGUUUCGCAAAAAAAAACCUACUUGUUUAUUUAAAAUUGAAGUAAAAAAAUUCAAAUCACUUUUCAAUUUUGAUAGAGAAAGAAGAAAUAUCGCCGAUAAAUAAUGACAAUAUUUAAAAGAGAAAAAAGAAGCUCGCAUUGAAUAUUAUAAAUCUAUUUAAACAAUUCGAAAAUUGUAUUUUUUGUUAAUUUUAUUCACUAGUAUUCUUGUGCUUGGUCAUUUCUUCUUCGAAUAUUUUAUCAAUUUUUUCGUCAUCAUUUUUCAUGUGAUUUGAUAUCAAAAAAAAAAUACUUCAAUCUACAUAUUGUAAUUAAUUUUAAAUGGAUUUUGUGCAAAAUACGCCUUCAAAAGAUCUGAAUGCAUACUUGAGUUUUAAUAUAAAAAAGAAAUUUUACCGGAUGGUACACACUUGCAUGUCUGGCUGGCAAAGAUGUAAAUAGUUGAUGCAAGAGAAGCAAACAAAUGAUGAAUGAAACACAUAUUCAACAAUUUAAAAUACGUAAUUUUCAAGAUAAUUUUUAAGAAAAAAAUUGAAGGUGUAAGAGACAAAAAAAAAACCACAAAAAAGUGAGAGUGGAAGAUAGAAAUAGAGAGUUUAGUUGUAGGAAUAAUACGUUGACGAUAAUUCUAAUUGACCAUCGGAACUCAAUCAAUUUAUUGAAUAUGGUUUAAUACAAAACUGAAAGCAGAAAAAUUAUUAGAAUGGUUUUGAAUUUCGAAUCGUCAACGACAUUUUUCGUGGAAUAAAACACGAAUCAAAAUGUUUAAAGCAAAACCAUACACUUCGAGAGAGAGAAAAACGUAAUUUAUUAGAAACAUUCAACUUUUUUCUGGUUCUAUGUGUCAGUGUGCGUGUUUGAAUAAAAAUGAAAUUUUUUUUCGCAACAAUAAAAUAUCACCAAAAUAAAGUAGCGACCGCAUGGAUAAUUUUUAAUUUCACUCGUCUACACUGUACUAUCGCAGUUUUUGUGCAAUGAGUAAGAAAAAAGCGAUUCAUUGCAAUUUAUUAGUGCAAAACAUGCGAUAUUAUUCGUUAAUUUGUUCAUUUCAUUCACUAUUCUUUUAGUGAAUGCGUGAAACGUAAAUAAUAAUCCACAAAACAUUGAAGCAAGGAGAAAUGAAAUUCAUGAAUGAGAGGAAAUUAAAAAAAAUUAACGUAAACAAAGAAAGAAUGUAAUGAGUAUAUAUUGGUCCUUAGAAAAAGCACGAGUAAAUGCAUCAUAUGCAUUAUUCAUGCCUAAUAAAUGAAGUACAACGAUUCUCACAUUAAACUUAAAGCAAGAACAUUAACAAAGAAAAGAAAUCAUCCACCUAACUAAAGACAAAGCACUCCGAAUGGACAACAAACGAAUACUCUAGUUCUUUAACAACAAUUACAUUCAAAGUAAUAAUAACAAACAUAAACGACGAUAGCAAAAUAAAACUUAAACAAAAAAUCAGCAUAAAUAAUAAUCAACAAUCCAUGAUUAUGUUAGGUUCAAUAAAACGAUAAGGAAAGAAAAUUACAAUUAAUUAUACUAUAUAAAUAAAUAAAAAAUAUAUAUAUUUAACAUGUCAAAUUGAAAAUAUAUUCUAGAGUUAGAUAUGUGUAAAGUUGAAACAAAAGUGAAAAAUAUGCUACAAAACAAAUAACAUUCAAGCGACAAAUAUAUAUCAAAAUUUCAUAUCAUAAACAUGUUAAUUUGAUGCCCUCACACUCACAAUACUUUGGAUAGUUACACAUUUAAUACACACACAAUCACAUGUUCAAGACAAAGAGAGACGAUUUUAACUAAUUUGUCGAUAAUAUAUUAUUAAGUCACACCAACCGGUAUCGUUCAUUCAAUUCAGAAAGACAAAAUCAAUCGCAAAAGUAUAAAACAAAUACGUCUUCUCUUACCCUUCUUUCAAAUACUAAACCAUUUCUUUCCGUGUCUUGACCAUAACUAAUGUUAAUUGUCCAAUUGUAAUAUAAAAUA